AACAGAAGACGAAGAAGAAGCAGAAAAUGACUCCAGGCAGUAGCCGGAGGAAUGCGCGAAGCAGAACGUCGUCCUCCACCGAACCAAACGACGGAGGCGACAAUUUUUUUGGAAACACGAAACCUAGACGGAGAGAUAGAAAUAAAAACCAGAAUUCAAUUCGGAUUUUGAACGUUGACAUCAAAAUCAUGCUAGGAAUUAGCGUAUUGGCUUUCUUCGUAAUUUUUUUGUUGAUUAAUAAUAUUAUUAUAAAGCCUGCUGGAAAAGCACUAAGACCUAGGGUUAUCACUCCAUUUCCUUCUCCUAAACUCAUGGACCUUCCUCAAUUUCAAGGAGAGCACAGAGAGAGCUUAUAUUGGGGAACUUAUCGUCCUCAUGUUUAUUUUGGAAUUCGCGCAAGGACUCCUCGGUCUUUGGUAGCUGGAUUGAUGUGGGUUGGUAUGAAGGAUGGGAUGUAUCAUAUGCGACAUGUGUGUCAAGACUCUGAUGAGCUUAGCACGUAUGGCUGGACGCAGCAUAAUGGUCGUGAUUUUGGACAUCAGGUGUUGGUUGAUCAGGGAUUGAAGUUAGCUACGAGUUUCUUGAAAUCCAAGAGUGAAGGAAGUGGAUAUGGAGGUGAUUGGGCCGUUCAAAUUGAUGUGCAAACUGAUAAAUCCGAGUGGGAUAAUGAAAUGCUGAGACAUGGGCAUUUGUUCUUCUAUUUGGCUGAUGAAAGUGGACAUUUUCUAAAUUUGGCAGGAGAUACCUUUGACAUCGAUAAGAAUUCUCUUUUAGCAUCAGGUUCACGAUCUGAUAUUGGGGAUUGGCAGCUACAUUUGGAAUCCAAGGAUGUUUUGGAGCUCCACUAUUCUGGUUUCAGGACACCUCAUAUUCACAAUUUAUCUGAUCUUGUCCAGCACAAUCUCGGAGCCCAAGUAAGAAAGUUUGGCCAACUGCUUCUAUCUGACUCGUCUGAAGAUUCUCCGAACAUUCUAGUUUUUCAGAUUUCUGCAAGUAUUCCUUUCAAAGCAGAUAUUGUUUUUGUAUCUGGAACCAAAGUGAAAACUUCAAAAGUAGAAGAACGUGUGCGCAGGCUUACAGGUGCCCCGCUGACAAGUUUAUUACAAGAUAGGCAAACAGAGUUUGAUAUCAAAUUUGAGCGCUGCUUUAAUGUUGCUGACAAGCUUGAACCUGAAUCCACAAUUGUUGGUAAGGCUGCUAUUGCUAAUAUGUUGGGGGGCAUUGGCUACUUUUAUGGUCAGUCAAAGAUUUCAUUCCCUGAAAAUUCUAAUCUUAGAGGACAUGAUAAUUUUAUUUCAUACUGGCCAGCUGAGCUGUAUACAGCUGUUCCAAGCCGACCAUUCUUUCCAAGGGGAUUUUUAUGGGAUGAAGGUUUUCAUCAACUGUUGAUCUGGCGAUGGGAUAUCCAUAUUUGUUUGGAUAUUAUUGGUCACUGGUUAGAUUUAAUGAACAUAGAUGGAUGGAUUCCACGUGAGCAGAUUUUGGGUUCUGAAGCUCUAAGUAAGGUUCCAGAGGAAUUUGUUGUUCAGUAUCCAUCUAAUGGAAAUCCCCCCACCCUAUUUUUGGUUAUUCGUGAUCUACUUGAUGGGAUGGAGAAAAAUAAGUUCACUGCCACUGAAAGAAAUGGGAUCACUUCCUUCCUUGAACGGGCUUUUGUUCGCUUGGAAGCUUGGUUCCAGUGGUACAACACAACGCAGAAAGGGAAAGAGAUGGGCAGCUAUUAUUGGCAUGGGAGAGACAACAAAGUAACUCGGGAACUAAACCCGAAGACACUUUCCUCUGGGCUGGAUGAUUAUCCUCGUGCUUCACACCCAAGUGACGAAGAACGACACUUGGAUCUUAGGUGUUGGAUGCUUCUCGCCGCAAAUUGCAUGCAGUCCAUUACUCAGUUGUUUAAGAAGGAUAAUAAGCCUGAAAAGGAAUAUGGUUCAACAGCUAAGCUACUUUCAGAUUUUGACAUGCUGAAUCAGAUGCACCUUGAUCCUUUGGUUGGAGCUUAUUUUGAUUUUGGGAAUCAUACAGAAAAGGUUCGUUUAAGUUGGAAAGAGACAAGGGUGGGAACUCGAGAGCUUGUUCGUGAUGUACUAGAAAGGCCAGUAUCAAGACUUGUCCCUCAUAUUGGUUAUGUCAGCCUUUUUCCAUUCAUGGGGAAAAUUAUUCCAUCUGAUUCGUGGAUUCUGGAAAAACAGCUUGACCUCAUUUCAAACAGUACCAUUUUCUGGACAGACUAUGGACUCCGUUCUCUUUCCAAAACAAGUUCCAUGUACAUGAAGCGCAACACAGAGCAUGACCCACCUUACUGGAGAGGCCCAAUUUGGAUGAACAUGAAUUACAUGAUUCUAUCUGCACUCUACCACUAUUCCAAAGAGAAUGGACCGUAUAGUGACAGAGCCAGAGUAAUCUAUGAUGACUUGCGGGGUAAUUUGAUUAGGAAUGUGGUUCGCAACUAUCACCAAACUGGGUUUUUGUGGGAACAGUAUGACCAGAAGAAGGGUAAAGGAAAGGGUGCACGCCUGUUUACUGGCUGGACAUCACUUGUCCUCCUAAUCAUGGCAGAAGCUUAUACCUAAACAUGUAUAAUUUUAUUUAUCCAUGGAAGGAACUUAAAAUACGAACCCCGAGAAAUAUGAUGUACGAUCCAUUUGCAAGCAAGGGCUCCCCGAAUGUGGUUUCUUGCACAAUUUGAGGAGGUUGAAUUUUUGGGUAGAGUGGCCAUGCACUCUGCAAAUGUCUUGUCUUCUUGCUGUACAGCACGCAAAUUCCUUCCAACUUUCCUGGUCUUUCGUUUUUGGUUUAACAAUAAGGUAUUUAUUUGUUAAUCGAGAUUAAGUUUUUUUUC